GAACCAUGUUAGCUCCUACUUUAGCCUUCUGGGGUUUAAAUGGUCUCCUGCUGUUGGUGGACAUUACCGGUAAACCGUCUUUCAUCACCCGCUACCGUAUCCAGGAGGACAAGAACAAUCCGGUUGACCCAGUGAAGCUUCGUCAGGCGGUGAAGACGGUCCUCUUCAACCACGUCUGUAUCUCAGGGUCCAUGGUGGUGGUAGCCCACCAGCUGAUGUCCUGGACUGGAGAUCCCUGUGGCCCCGAGCUGCCCACCUUCCACCGGGCCCUGCUGGAGCUGGCUGUCUUCUCCAUGCUGGAGGAACUCCUCUUCUACUACUCACACAGGUUGUUCCACCAUCCCAGCCUCUACAAGCUUUAUCACAAACAGCACCACGAGUGGACCGCUCCCAUCGGCAUCGUCUCCAUCUACGCUCAUCCUCUGGAGCACGUGAUCUCCAACAUGCUGCCUGUGGCGAUCGGGCCGGUGCUUCUGGGCUCCCACAUCACCACCACCUCCACCUGGUACUGCCUGGCUCUGAUCAGCACCACCAUCUCCCACUGCGGCUACCACCUGCCCUUCCUGCCCUCCCCCGAGUUCCACGACUUCCACCACCUCAGGU